AUGGCUACAUAUAGGAAGCCUGAGAAAUUUGUCGCCAGACAAUUCACCAUGUCUUCGAACAAUACAAGUAUGGCAACCAGUGCGCCACCUGUAGCUGCUACUUCUUCUGCUGAAGUCCCUUCUUCGACUUCUCAAGCAUUAACAUCCACGACCUCUACUACAUCAAGUGCAAUUGCUAACACAAGUUCAUCGACUACAGUCACAAGUCCUGAUCCUGUAACUCCUGUUUCUAGCAGUAGUAGUGUAGUACUUCCCGUUCCACCAACUACAACCUCAACCUCAACAACAGCAGCACCACCAACCCCAACUCCAACUACACCGACACCAACGACGCCAACGCCAACGACGCCAACGCCAACAACACCAUCAGUGACAACUCCAGUAAUAGUUCCAACAACUACCACUACUCCUGCGGUAGUACCCGCACCUACCACUCAGAAAACUAGCGAGUCCAAGACAACACCCACAACAACAGCCCCAGCCGAUACUCCAACCCCUACAGUCGUUGUAUCCGUUGUUACCGUCACGCCGACUGAUGGUGUAUCCUCUGGACAAGUCACAACUGAAUAUAUUACAUCUACACAAGCUAUUACAGCCAAAACAUCUUCUACAUCAUCGUCUUCAGCAACCUCCGCAGUUUCCGGAACAGCCGGUCUUAGCAAUGCAGGGACAGGUAAAUCGGGAAAGUCUGGUAUCGGAAGUGGAGGAACAAUUGCUAUCGCGGUAGUCGUACCUAUUGUUGCAGUUGCUGCUUUAAUUGCUGCUGGAUUAUUCUUUUGGAGGAAACGAAAGCAACGUAAGGAUGCUGAAGAAAUGAGAAGAAAGGAAGUCGAGGAAUAUGGAUACAAUCCGAACAAUGAUCCAACAAUUCCAGCAGUAGGAUCAGGAGGAAGUGAUGGACCAUUCGAAAUGCGUGAAGAAGAAGGAUCUGGUUAUCGUGGAUGGGGUACUACGGCGGUAGCAUCGUCAGGAAGAAAAGCCUCAACAACAUUAUCUGGUGGUCAGUCCGCAGGUGGAAUUGUUGAUCAUCAUGAAGACGAAGGCAUGGGUGCUAUGGGACCAACUACAGGAGGAAAUCGCGACAUCAACCGAGGGCUAUCGAAUGCUUCAUCGUCAUACAGUGCUGCCAAUCGAUCAGAUGGAUCAGGUGAAGGUGCCGGUGGAUAUAAUGGAGGUGGACAAUAUUAUGAUCAAUAUGGAGCAGGAAACCCAUAUACUGAUGCAACACCAUAUGGAAGUCCACCAAAUCGAACCGAAGUUUCAGGACAGCCAGUUAUACGUGAUGUAUCAGCAAGGAGAAACACACGAAUUGAAAACCCAUCACAUUACCCGGGUCAACAGAGUGCCGGUAUUUCACAAAACUUUUAA